GCCCGCCGUGGCAGGGCCGGGCCGAGCCGAGCCGGGGCGGCGGGGAGCCGAGGACAAAGGUGGCUGUGCGGGAUCGGGAGCGGGGCCGGGAGCGGGGCCGGGGCGGGCCGGAGCCGCAGCGGAGCGGAGCGGGGCUCAGCGAGCGGGAGCCGCCCGGAGCGGGGCCGCCCGGUGCCGGGGGAGGGCGGCUCCCCCGCUCCCAAACGUCCCCAAGACUUUGGGGACCCCAAAGAGGUCCCCGAGCUGCCUGGGGGAAAGUGGUCCCCGCUGAGCCCGGCGCUGGGCGCCCCCGGAGCCCCCAUCGUAUCUCCUUGAACCCUGCGAUGCGGCUUAGUAGGAAAAUAAUAAUCCUGGCACACGUCCGCCUUAUGCUGCGCAGGCUGGGGUGACGUGCGAAACCCACAGGCGUUUUGGUGCUGGAGCCAGCAGCCGGAGCAGGGACACCAGGGUGACAGCCCCCACGGCCCCCUUACACCAUCGACCCCGGAUCCAGCGCUCCCACGGCCGCCACGGCCACCCGCACGUCACUGAUGCUGGCGGCUGCUGGAGACCAGAACUAGAGGCAGAGUCCAGGCAGGCAGCUGAGCACCCUCUGUCCCUGCAGGGUGCGGAGCCAUGAAGCUGAACGAACGGAGCCUGGCCUUUUAUGCCACCUGUGACUCCCCCGCCGACAAUGCCGGCUUCCUCUACAAGCGUGGUGAGCGGCACACAGCAUACCAUCGCCGCUGGUUCGUGCUGAAGGGCAACAUGCUCUUCUACUUCGAGGAGCGGGAGAGCCGGGAGCCGGUGGGUGUCAUCGUGCUGGAGGGUUGCACCGUGGAGCUCUGCGAGUCAGCUGAGGAAUUUGCCUUCGCCAUCCGCUUUGGCGGCACCAAGUCACGCACCUAUGUGCUGGCAGCGGAGAGCCAGGCCGCCAUGGAGUCAUGGGUGAAGUCGCUCUCACGAGCCAGCUUUGACUACAUGCGCCUGGUGGUGCGGGAGCUGGAGAAGCAGCUGGAAGAGAUGCGCUGGGGGCCGGCCAGUGGAUGCGGAGGCUGCCAGCAGUCACCUGGCUCCUGGAAGCCAAAGGCCUCGGGGCCAGAGCGGUGCCCUGAGCGGCUGCCAGCUCUGCCCACCAUCCUGCCAAAGGAGAACGGCUGUGCAGUGUGGAACAAUGCACAAGGAGUGGACCAGCCGCCCAACACCUCUGGCUGCGGCGGGCAUGACGGUGAGGGGAACCUGCGCCCACCACCAGUGCCACCACGCAGGCGGGCAUCAAGCAGCGAGGCAGGGAGUGCCAGGGUGGCCGUGGCGGAGAGCCCAUCCACCUUCUGCCAGCUCCAUGAGCGGUAUGGCCAGGAGGUGGCCCAGCUGCGGCAGAACUGGCUGGAGAGGCGGCGUGGGCCCCGGCUCUGAGAGAUGGCUGAGCCCUGGAGACCUGCCAGGACCUGUGACAGGGAGAAAGUGACCAUCCUUGGUCCCCUCCUCACCCCAGGAUGUGCAGCCCUGUCUGUGGCAGUGAUGGACACCUGCUGAUGGUGCCACCAAGGGCCCAGAGCCGAGGGACACUAGUGCUGCUCCAUGACGAUGAAAUGCCAGCCCGGCACCAAUGGCAGCUGGGCUCAGCAUGCUGCUGGCCAGGCAUGAAACCCCUGCGCUCUUGGGGCUGCCAGGCUCUCAGGCAUCUUGUGCCAGACAGUGGGUGCUCCCCGCAGGGGUGCACCCCUCUGGCCAUGCCUGGGGGUGGGUGCAGGGUGAUCCACUCAGUGCUACGAACCACUUGCUGGCUGAUGCUUCCUGGGACUUGACCACUGCACUGGGUCUGGUGGGACCUCUUGAUGUUCUUGCAGUGGGGUCAUGCACUAACAAUGCUUUUGGAGGAGGAUUUUGAUGGGAUAUCACCUGCCUGAGCCUCUGUGUGGGUGUUUCACAGCCAGGGAGCCUGCUACCACCUUCCCCUCCCUGCCCAGCACAAACUAUUGGCUGAGGUUGGCUGAGCUCCACCGGAUCCCUCUGCUCCAGCAGGAUGUGGUUUGAAAAUGAAAAUAUCAGCGAGUGCAGUCCUUCCUUAAUGGCAGCAGCACCUCAUGCCCCAGCUACCCUGGGAGCUGGUGACACUCGGCUCCGGGUGUUUUGCACAGGGCGAUUGCUGUUUUCGGCCCGGCUGGUGAACCCAUGGUGGGGGCAGACCUGAGAGGAACACAGCAGCUGCAGGGACUGCCUUGCUGGGCAGAUAUUUCAGGGCAGGGCACCAUCCCUGGGCUGGCUCACUAAGGGGAAGCAUCGCUCGCAGCGGUGAAUGGGAACGUAUGUGUCAGCAGCGGAGGGUAUCAAAUGAUUCAUGUGCCAAAACAGAGCAAAGCAUGUCUUGUGCCAGUGUUUCUCUUUUAUUUCCCUGAUGGUUUAUAUCGACGCUAAAGCUGCUGGCCUGGAGGUGGGGUGACCUGCCUCAGGUGUGGGAGGAGCAGUUGGGGUGCCCUGGGUUUGGCUGGGUGGCUCUGGCUCCCUUUGUCCCUGUGGGACAGGCACAAGAUUUUGCUACAGUAAAAGUUGUUUCAGAAAUUCC